AUGUCGUCUGUGGGUUGUUCUUCCCCAAACCAAUAUGCACAUCUCAACGGCAGACCUAGCACAUCGGGUGAUCAGCAACCUCAGGCCGCAAAUGAGACUGGACGCUCUUCUGUCGAUCCAAAGCUUAUCAUUCGGAUUGGUGCUAAGCAGAUAAUAAGGGAAUUACUGCGGGCUUCUAUGAUUUUCUUCGAUAACAUCACGUUUGCCAUUCUUCUGUGGAAUUUUGGAGUACUGGGCCUCAUAUCCAUUCACUGGCGUAGCCCUCUUAUCUUGCAACAGGCCUACCUCAUCUUCAACAGCGUCCAAAUGGCCCUUAUCUUCCUCAAAUUUUUGCCUAAGUGGACCUGCUGGGUCCUCCUCGGAGCGCUGGCCAUCUGGGACUUGAUAGCAGUCCUCUGUCCACGAGGUCCCCUUCGCAUGCUGGUGGAGAUGGCGCAGGAACGCAAUCAGCCACUCUUUCCUGCUAUGGUCUAUUCCACAACCACCGCCUACAUCGCCACGACGCAGCCGGUGGCGAUGAUGGGGGACGAGGAAACUCACUCGACGCACGUGGGUCCUGCCGUUAAACCGACGGAAGAGCACGCUUAUCUUAGUCAACCAUCUCCUCAACAGCCCUCCUCUCUCGCGCCUCUCCUCGAAAUGGGUAAUUUGUCAGGCAACUCGACUCAACCAAGUGAGAUGGCCAACGACUUAAGUCAUUCGGAAGGGCAACAGUCCAAUCAGGGAGAAGGUAAUACAAAUCAGCAGGAGCAAUGCGACUUCACGCCUCCUUUGACAGUCGAUUCUGUGGAGCCGAGAUCGCACGAAAUGCAGAGUGGGCAUGGUGGCGAACAGCCAGAGAGUGCUAACGAUCGUUUGAGGGACCUGCAGGAAGAUGUGAUUGAACGCGAGGAGCGUGGGGUGAAGCUGGGUCUGGGAGACUUCAUCUUCUACAGCCUCCUAAUAGGACGCGCUUCCUUAGACGGCGACGUGUUGACUGCAGUGGCGUGCUACAUAGCCAUCCUGGUGGGCAUGUGCCUCACUAUCGUGGCGCUGGGGGUAGCACGGAAAGCCCUUCCUGCUCUCCCAAUUUCCAUUGCAUGCGGCAUUGUCUUUUACUUCUCCACCGCCGUCGUCAUCACCCCCUUCAUCCGUGCCACCUCUGAAAAACGCCUCUUUUUCUAG